AAGUCAGAAAAUCGCGUUCGUUUUUUUCCUUGAGAAGAAGAAGCACGGCUGUGUGGAUAGUUGUCACCUGAUUUAAGGGAUAUGGAGUUAAAUUUUUAAUGGCCUGGGCUGGAUUCGAGUACACUAAAUCGGACCGUCAGUCUUACGUUGUGGUAAGAAAAGGUCGGCUUCACUUUAACUGCUCUCUGUGUAGCUAAUGGCUAGCCAGAUGUAAGCUAAAGGAAGAGCAAACAAGUAAAGGAAACCCUGAACCGAGACGUCGAAAGAUUACUCUUCGCUUUAGUUGUGCCCUGCAGUCAGAGGUAUUUGUCUUGUCAUGACAGCCAUGGCGAGUUUAGAAGCUACAUCUGAGCUCCAGUCUCGACUGUCAUCCUUGUCCUUUUCAUCCUUCCCCGGAGUUACCUCCCAUCAUUGCGACAGCGAACCGCCGGGCAGUCUGCAGAAUACCAAUCUGACGGAGAGCUUCACCCAAUCCAGCAAUCAAGCCAGCAUGAAUGAGACCAAGGAGGAUUUGGCCAAGGGUAAUGAAGAGGCUCCUGCAGAGCUGGCCCUGGGGGAAAGAGGCGAGGAGAACAACAGUGCUGGGACCUGUCAGCUCUCUGCUGAAAUCAAAGAGGCAGCCCAGAUGCCAACCCUGCCACCUCCAACAACUUGGACAUCUGCUGCAGUGAAGGAGCUGAAGGCAAAGCUUCGAACUGAGAAGGACAGCGUUGUGACAGUGUACCGAGGAGACAUCAUGACGGUCCACGUCCCCACCGUCCCCGAGGCCAAAAAAGUGUGCUGGGAGUUUGCCACAGACGGUUUUGACAUUGGCUUUGGCAUAUAUUUUGACUGGACCCCUGUGACGAGCAGAUCUAUCACGGUGCACAUCAGCGAGUCGAGUGAUGACGAAGACGAAGAGGAAGAGCUUGAAGGGCCUCUCGGCAACGACGACGUCGAGAGAGGCUCCAAAAGCCAGACCAACUCGAACCUGGCGGAAAUCCUGCCUGUGUACCGCCAGGACAGCCAUCUGUCCGUCCAGGGCGGGAGCCACGACUUCCCAGGUGAAGGCACGUACCUCCUAAAGUUCGACAACUCCUACUCCCUUUGGAGGAACAAAACUCUCUACUACAGGGUGUAUUACAGUGCCUGAGACGCCAGCUCUGUUGCUCACGAAUGUAUAAAUUCCUGAAUAUUACUCCUAAGAACAAUGAACUAUUUUCUUUGAUUUCAGACAUGGAAUAAACAAAGAUAUAUAAUUUAAGAAAUAAAUGCAGGCACAUCAAUUUUAUAUUUGCUUGUCAGGUUAAAUGGGUUUCAGUGCAUCAUGUGUGUCAGUGUCCUGUUUGAAUAUAAU